AUGUCGAAGCAAGAUAUUCCUCCAGAAAAAUACCUUAAACUGCGAGAUCAGUACAAAUACUAUAUUGAUUCGUAUAACGCAUUAUAUCAGCUGAAAACGGAAAAUGAAGAAGACCUAAACAAGAUUUACAAAAUGAUACGAACAGAAUUGAUCGAUUCAAAGAAAUUUAUACCCCAAAAUAUUAUCAAAGAUAUUUUAAAUAUCAUUCAGUAUAAGAAUCGCUAUACAAAGUCAUAUUUAUAUCUUGCAAAACUCAUUUAUGAUGAUUAUCAUGUCAAAGAGAUCAUCAAUGUUGAUACUAUUUCAAAGUUCUUAUUUUAUAAAGAAUAUGGAAUUAGAUUAGACAAUUCAGAUGAUUUCGAAUGA